UAAGCCGUGACUGUUUUUUGGUGGUUUACGAACAAGCAUUUCUUACUUAAAAGCAUUGUUCGUCCACCAACCUCUUUUGAAACUAAACUCAACAAAAUGGCACGUAGACCCGCUCGUUGCUACCGUUACAUUAAGAACAAGCCUUACCCCAAGUCUCGUUACAACCGUGCCGUUCCUGACCCCAAGAUCAGAAUCUUUGACUUGGGCCGUAAGCGUGCCACUGUUGACGAAUUCCCCUUGUGCGUUCACUUGGUUUCAAACGAGUUGGAACAAAUUACUUCCGAAGCUCUUGAAGCUGCUCGUAUUAGCUCCAACAAGUACUUGGUGAAGAUUGCUGGUAAGGAUGCUUUCCACCUCCGUGUUCGUGCCCACCCUUACCACGUUGUCCGUAUCAACAAGAUGCUUUCUUGUGCCGGUGCCGAUAGAUUGCAACAAGGUAUGCGUCACGCUUUCGGUAAGCCCAACGGUUUGGUUGCCCGUGUCAAGAUCGGUCAAGUCUUGAUGUCCAUCCGUACCAAGGACUCCAACCGUGCCACUGCUAUUGAAGCCCUCCGUCGUUGCCAAUACAAGUUCCCUGGCCAACAGAGAAUCAUUGUCUCCAAGAAGUGGGGUUUCUCUCAAUACAACCGUGAUGAAUUCAUUGAGAAGCGUAGCCGCGGUGAGGUCAUUCCUGAUGGAUGCUAUGCCAAGUUCUUGAACAAGCGUGGUAGCCUUAACGAAAAGUUCGAGGUUUUCCCUGAUGCUUCCUUCAACCUUGCUUAAAGUUAGCAUAGCGUACAACGUUCUACAGCUUGUAUAAAAUUUGGUUUAUCCAGGAUUAUAUAUAUAAAUAUAUAUAUACAUUCAGUAGAUUAUAUGUAUAAUUUUUAGCUCUUCUGUUUAUUCCCUCCCCACUAUUGAACUAUGGUUAGAUUUUACAUUCAACAUGAAGUAGUAUAAGCGGUUCAAUAGCAUAAGAUAAUUUAGACGUGUAACGAAAACCGU